AAUUUUGUGCGUUUGAGACAAGAUUAGUGCUGUGACGUCAGUAGCCAAAGACGAAGCAUGUCGUAUGUUUUGAAAUUCUCUGCCAGAAAGGGCGGUAACUUUGUUACAUUAUGCAGCCAGGCACGUCAGCUUCAUUUCGCUCCUAUUGCUGCCCAAAAGGUUGCAAUGAGCUGCAUGGAACCGAACACAGAGCUGGACUACAGCAAGCUAGAAAACAACUACAAAAUUGUCAAGGACAGGUUGGGACGUCCAUUGACCCUUUCUGAAAAGAUUUUGUACAGUCAUUUAGAUGAUCCAAAGAACCAAGAUAUUGUUCGAGGGGAGAGCUACUUGAAGCUCCGACCAGACAGGGUUGCAAUGCAGGAUGCCACGGCCCAGAUGGCACUAUUGCAAUUCAUUUCAAGUGGGCUUUCAAGAGUUGCUGUCCCUUCCACGGUUCACUGUGAUCAUUUAAUUGAGGCACAAGUUGGCGGAUCAAGGGAUUUGGCACGAGCCAAGGAAGUUAACAAGGAGGUGUAUGAGUUCCUUGCGUCGGCCAGUGCUAAGUACGGAGUGGGAUUCUGGCAGCCUGGAAGUGGAAUUAUUCACCAGAUUGUGCUAGAAAAUUAUGGCUUCCCUGGAGUUCUUCUCAUUGGAACUGACAGCCACACUCCUAAUGGAGGUGGUCUUGGUGGGAUAUGUAUUGGUGUUGGUGGAGCCGAUGCCGUAGACGUGAUGGCAGACAUCCCAUGGGAACUCAAGUGUCCUAAGGUGAUUGGUGUGAAACUGACGGGCAAGUUGAGUGGGUGGACAUCACCAAAAGACGUGAUCCUCAAAGUGGCUGGAAUCCUCACUGUGAAAGGAGGCACGGGUGCCAUUGUGGAAUAUUUCGGACCUGGAGUCGAUUCCAUUUCGUGCACAGGCAUGGGAACUAUCUGCAACAUGGGAGCCGAGAUUGGAGCGACCACAUCCGUCUUCCCGUACAACCACCGCAUGGAGGACUAUCUGAAAGCCACCAGUCGAGGAGAUAUUGCCGAGCUUGCUAAUAAGUACAAACAUCUGUUGUCAUCUGAUCCCGAUGCCCAGUAUGAUGAAGUAGUUGAAAUCAAUCUGACGGAGCUGGAGCCCCAUGUGAACGGUCCGUUCACCCCCGAUCUGGCACACCCCAUCUCAAAACUAGGAGACACUGCCAGGAAGAACGAUUGGCCACUCGACAUUCGAGUUGGCUUGAUUGGCAGCUGUACAAACAGUAGCUACGAAGACAUGAGUCGUUCUGCGAGUAUUGCCAAACAGGCGCUGGAACACGGUCUGAAGGCGAAGAGCAAGUUCACCAUCACUCCGGGCUCGGAGCAGAUCCGGGCCACGAUAGAGAGAGACGGACAGGCUAAAGUUCUUGCCGACAUCGGAGGACUUGUCUUGGCCAACGCAUGUGGACCAUGUAUUGGCCAAUGGGAUCGCAAGGACGUCAAGAAGGGGGAGAAGAACACCAUCGUUACCUCGUACAACCGCAACUUCACAGGGCGGAACGACGCCAACCCGGCCACCCAUGCCUUUGUGACGUCACCAGAGCUGGUCACUGCGAUGGUGAUAUCGGGAGAUUUGUGUUUUAACCCACUCACAGACGAACUCACCGGAUCAGAUGGUAAAAAGUUCAAAUUUGCUAGUCCCUAUGGAGAUGAACUGCCGUCUAAAGGUUUUGACCCUGGUAAUGUGACGUACCAAGCCCCCCCUGAGGACGGCAGCCAAGUCAACGUGAUCGUAGCACCCGAGAGCAAGCGACUGCAGCUACUCACCCCAUUCGAUAAGUGGAAUGGCAAAGAUCUCGAGGAUAUGCCAAUAUUAAUAAAGGUUAAAGGUAAAUGCACAACGGAUCACAUCAGCGCUGCGGGUCAGUGGCUGAAAUACCGAGGUCAUCUUGACAAUAUUUCCAACAACUUGCUCAUUGGGGCAGUAAAUUCAGAGAAUGGUGAAAUUAACUGUAUCAAGAAUCAGGUGACUGGAGAAUAUGGCACAGUGCCAGACAUUGCAAGAAUCUACAAGUCAAAGAAGAUUCCCUGGGUUGUCAUUGGUGAUGAGAACUACGGGGAAGGAAGCAGUCGGGAACACGCAGCCCUGGAGCCCCGCCAUCUCGGAGGAAGAGCCAUCAUUGUGAAGAGCUUUGCUAGAAUUCACGAAACAAACUUGAAGAAACAAGGGAUGCUUCCCUUGACUUUUGCGAAUCCUGCUGAUUACGACAGAAUUCAACCAUCCGACAGGAUCUCUUUAAUUGGUCUCCGUGAACUUGAACCAGACACACCCAUCACCUGCAAAGUGAAGCACAAAAACGGCUCUGUAGAUAAAAUCACACUGAACCAUUCUAUGAAUGAAGGACAGAUAGCGUGGUUUCGUGCGGGCAGCGCCUUGAACAGAAUGGCCGAAUUGUCCAAGUGAAUCCAGUUGACGAAAGCUUGAUUCCUGAUGUGUGGAAUUUUCACAUGCAGCUGUUGUCAGAAUAGAGAACAACAAAUAUUAGUGCACGUUUUGUGUGUUAUUAUUAAAAAAGAAAAGGAAAAGAAGUGAAAGUUGUGAUAGACGUAAUCAUAUUUUAUAGACGGUCUUGCACCACACCAGUGUACAUACACAUCAGUUUUAACCUAGAUUUCUUUACUAUUGUUUUGUUUUAAAAGUACAGGUUUAUCUUUUGUUAUUUUAUUAUGUAUGUGUGUGACAAGUUGGGCAUUCUGUCUUGGCAUAUCGGUGAACUCAGAAAAAAACUUUUUAGCCCAGAUUUGUCUCGGAAGUGACAAUGGACUGUUGAUAGGAAAUGCUCAAAUGAAUAGAGUAUAUAUUAAGUUAUUUAACCUUUAUUAUUUUCAAAUAUUGUCUGUUGUUUUAUUUAUAUAUUUUUAAGUCAUAGGAACAAGUCAAAUAUCUGCAUACAGUUUUUUAUUAAUCCAGUGAAUGGGGCAUUAUUAGUCUGUGUAUAUUUUGUGUGGAUGAGAUGAGUGUGAAAAUGUUGGGACUUGUGGUUCCAUGUUAACUAUAUCGUGUCUUACCUCAACUAUUUACACAAUAUGGGCUAAUGGACACAAAUGUGUCUGAAACCAGAUCUUGCUCUAUGUAGAGGAUGUGUUUGACUAAGCAACUUAUUAUCCACUGGACAGUUUUAGUUAGAUUACUAUCUGGACAAAAUUCACUCCAAGGUUUUCCAGACAGCAUCAUUGUCUACAGUAAUUGCAGAUAGGUGUCUUGUUUUGUUUGUCUACAGUGUUAUUACUCUGUGCUUUGAAAUUAAUCAAAAGGGUUUUCAUAAAGUUGAUAUCUAGGCUGUGACAGUGCCUCCAUGCAUUUAGGUAUUGUUAUUGGUGAUGAUCCAGAUAAUCAAGUUCACUGAGUGUUGGUUGCUUGACCCGUUUAAUAAAUUAAUAUUUUUUUUAUAGAUUGUAGAAGACAUUUGAAACGGCUCUGUGUGUAGGAUUUUGUUACAUAGAUCAGUAGGAAUCCCGUUGGUUGCAUCUUUGUCUGUCCCUCCUUCACAAAGUAAAAAGGCGAGAUAUAGGUGUUAUUUUUCCAGCGGGGGAAAAUGCUGUCAACUUUUGCAUUAAAGUGAAACGCUAAAGUUUCGUGUUUAAAUCAGUUUCUCCAAACUAUAAGUCGUAGGUCACUGGGCCCAAUUUCACAAAACAUAGUAAGCCUAGUUUUGCACAUAAACAUAAAUCUAUGACUAAACCACAAUUUUUAUUACCACCUUAGUACAACAAAUAUAGUUAAAAGUAUACUAUUUCAUUUUCUUUUGUCCUUAAAAUGCUCCAUCUUCUGUAAUGAUGUAAAAAAACAAAUUCAAGAAAUAGAUGCGAAAUACACAUGCCUGGUAUAACUACUAGUCGCAGACGUAAACUAAUGUUUUGUGAAAUAGGCCCCUGGUUUAUAGUGUACCUAUGGAUGUUCAUAAGUGUACUUUUAUGGUAGGCAAGACAUUUAAUUCCAUGGGAUUUGUUCAGAAAAUACGCACAAUCGAUGGGCUCCAAGGUAGUGUGUGCACCACCUCACUUGUAGUAUGUAGUAUACUGCUUAUUUACAACAUAUCCAUUGAACAGUUCUUUUGAGUUUGUUUUUAUUGAAAUGAUGCACUGAGCAAAAUUUAACAAUUUGUAUUUAUAUAUAGAUAUAUACUUUACUUACUGCUAAGGAUAUAAUAACCUGGUAAGAAAUAUGCAUUGUAAUUGUUGGUCUUUACAAGACCAGUUUAAUGACUGGGAUUUUCACUUAAUGAGUACAGUCUUUAGGUUACAUUUCAGUUACAUACUUGAUUUAGUCAGCUGGUAAGAAAUAUGCAUUGUAAUUGUUGGUCUUUACAAGACCAGUUUAAUGACUGGGAUUUUCACUUAAUGAGUAGUCUUUAGGUUACAUUUCAGUUACAUACUUGUUUUCUACUCAAACUGGUCACCUGCAUUUAAUAUCGUAUACACCAUCUAUUUUGGAAGAUUUUUAUUUUUUAUUUUUAAUGAUUUCACUGAAAUACAAUAAUCUACGGAAUCUAUGACAAAUGAGGAAUCUAUAUGACAAAGGCUGCUUGCUUGAGAAAUCCAGUGGUGGCCAUGUUUACAUCAUAGAACUUUUCGUAACCACAUUCAUAUUCAGUAUAACCAAUGCCACUUUACAACAUUGCAAAUAUUAUUCAAAUAUAUAUAAUAUAAAUGUUUGCAUUAUUAAGUUUGGAUUACUGUGGAAUAUAAGGAGAGAAAAAAAAUUGAAAUUCCCAGAUUGUUAUUUUUUUCUUUUAUGGAAAAGAGAUCUGAGAAAUCAUAAUCAGAGAAAUCUUAAUCCGCAUUUUAUUUGGGUAUCAAACUACUUUCCUAAUACUCUACCGUGAAUUUAUAUUUUUAAAAUUUCAGUGUUUCGCCUCGUGAUAUUACAGGUAGACAAUAGUAUUACAGGUAGACAAUAUUAAAGGGACUGUCCCAAGUGUGUUGCCAUUGUAAAUUGCUUACGAACACAAUUUGUUUUUACUAACUUCAAUUGCUCUGUAUUAAAUGUGUUUGUGAAUGUCCUAGUGUUUAUACUAGGUCAAACUUCAUAUUAUUUCCCAAUAUAUAUUUUUUUUUUGUAUAUUUCAUAUGAAAUUAUUGGGAUACCAAAUCCAGUUUGGGCUAUUUGCAAAGAUUAGGACAAUCAGAAACACAUUGAAUAUACAGAUAUUCUAAACAAGAAUAUGUAUUUAGUAUGUACCUUUAUUCGUGAAAAGAUUUUAUUAGUCGGAAAUAUCUUAAAAUUGCAGCAAACUUUGGACAGUCUCUUUCAUAUAUUUAGUGUUGUGUGGUUGCCGUGUCUUUAACUAUAAUACAGUAUUCAACUCGCCUCUUGCAGUUGUUGAUUUUAAAUUAGCUAGUACAUGCAUGUACAUUUUGUGGACAUACAUGUAUCUUCACAACAGCAAGUCAGUGAAAGUUUAGAUGUUAACUUAUUGCCAAUGGUGAUACUUGAAUGUAGGCGUUUUAAGUUAAAUUUUAUUUUAGUACAGAGUGCCAACAUAGUCUUAUUUAUUUUCUCUGAAACCAUUAGUCUCAGUUUUACAGAUUUGCUACCUGAGUAUCAUUUUUAAACAUGUCAGUAUUUAAAUCACGAGAAUAAAAUUUUAUAAAGA